AUGCCACUUUGGAGUGCUCAAUCAACGUCCAAAGCAGCGUUCGGUCAAACGGCCCUCUUCCAGCCAUCAUUUGUCAAUCCGAGUACAACUCACCCCAGCCAUGCAGUAAACAAGACUACUGAAAAGAACAGCAAGUAUCUCAACAGCACAAAGGCUUUUGGGGAAAAUUACUUUGAUGCGCUGGAUAUACAGAGUCAGUCGGACGAAGCUCCUAAAAAUGACAAACCGCCCAAGGUGGACAAUCUUUCUAAACUUGAGGAAGAUCUAAAGACAUUUACCAAAGAGCUUUACAAGCCAAAAAAGCGCAAAGAUGAUGAUCUUUUUGAAAAGGUGGAAAUUCUUGAAGAAGAAAAGUUGGAAAUGAUUAAAGAAAAUGAUGCUCUUAAGGCUGAAAACGAAAAGCUACAAGUUAGCCUGAACAUGCAGAAGAUUCACUGUGAAAGUGUUUACAAAGAACUUGAAAGUGUUCAUGACACUUUGUCGUCUAACCAAGCUCAACUAGACUCAUUCAAAGAUGCUCAUAACGAGUUUGAAACUUUUAAACGAAAAUAUCCGCUUCAGCAAACUGAGCUUCGAAAUAAGGUCAAGCAAAAGAUAGAGAACCUACAAUCAGAAAAGGUCGCUUGUCAAAUCAUGAAUCAACGACUGGAGGGAACAAACCAAGAGAUGAAGCUAUCAAUUAAAGGCCUGGAAGGCUCAAACUUGGAGCUUAAAUCAACGAUUGAAGGUCUAGAAGAUGCGAACCAAGAGUUGAAGGCAAAGAUUAAAGGCGUUGAAAGUGUCAAUCAGGAGAUGAAGUUGGCGAUUAAAGGCCUAGAAGGUGCGAAACAGGAGAUGAAAACAAAGGUUGAAGGCCUGGAAGGAGCAAACCUGGAGAUGGGCUUAGAGAUUGAAAACCUAGAAGAAGCAAACAAGGCAUUGAAGUUGAAGAUUGAAGGCCUGGAAAGUGCAAACAAUGAUUCGAAAUCAAAGAUGGAAGAGCUGGAAAGUGCAAACCAUGAGCUAAAUUCAACGAUCGAAAGCCUGAAAAACGCAAACGAGGAGUCGAAAUCAAAGAUUGAAGGCCUGGAAGGCUCAAACUUGGAGCUUAAAUCAACGAUUGAAGGUCUAGAAGAUGCGAACAAGAAAAUGAAAUCAGAGAUUGAAAACUUGGAAGGUGAAAACCUAAAGUUGAAAUCUGCUAAUGUUGAUCUUGAAGAAAAAGCUAAUGCUGAACUUCCAGCUACUUGCAAAAGUCCUGUAAAAGGCAUUCUCAAAAGUCCCGGCAAGAACGAUGUGAAGACUAGUGGGGAAAUGAAUCCAGUCUCUCCCCGCAACAAGCGCAAACUUUUUAUUGCUAGUGACAAUGGACCUGGAAAGAGUGUCCGCUUCAAUGAACAAAAAUUGAUUCGCUACGGAAAGAGUGAUAUCUCAAGCCAGCAAACUGGAAAAAGUGUUGAUAUGAGUUUCGUUAAAAAGUCGAUCUCAGCUGAGCCAAAGCGAGUCUUGACUGUGGUCAACAAAAUCCAAGACAAAAAGCCCGAAACGGUCUUUGAUACUCUAGAUGAGAUGGACUGUUUCAUGGAUGACUUUUAA